CAGGGCCUGGUCCGCCUCCGCUUGCUCUCGGGUUCUGGCGCCUCGGGCAAGAGCCGGCACCGCUGCGCCCCAGGCCGGGGAGGAGCUGCCGUCGGAGGGAGACGCCGGCCCGGAACGGGUCCCUGCUUCCGCGAAGUGAUGCCACCAAGAAGAAAUGAGAAAUACAAACUUCCUCUUGCACUUCCAGAAGGCAAGGUUCUGGAUGAUACAGAGGGGAAACAGUGGGUGCUGGGCAAGAAGAUUGGCUCAGGAGGAUUUGGAUUGAUAUAUUUAGCUUUCCCCACAAAUAAACCAGAUAAAGAUGCAAGACAUGUAAUAAAAGUGGAAUAUCAAGAAAAUGGCCCAUUAUUUUCAGAACUUAAAUUUUAUCAAAGAGCUGCAAAAAAAGACUGUAUCAAAAAAUGGAUAGAUCUAAAACAACUUGAUUAUUUAGGAAUUCCUCUGUUUUAUGGAUCUGGUCUUACUGAAUUCGAAGGAAGAAGUUACAGAUUUAUGGUAAUGGAAAGACUAGGAAUAGAUUUACAGAAGAUCUCUGACCAGAAUGGUACUUUUAAGAAGUCAACCGUCCUGCAGCUAGGUAUUCGAAUGUUGGAUGUACUGGAAUAUAUACAUGAAAAUGAAUAUGUUCACGGUGAUAUAAAGGCAGCAAAUCUACUUUUGGGUUACAAAAAUCCAGAUCGGGUUUAUCUUGCAGAUUAUGGACUUUCCUACAGAUAUUGUCCCAAUGGGAACCACAAACAGUAUCAGGAAAAUCCUAGAAAAGGCCAUAAUGGGACAAUGGAGUUUACCAGCUUAGAUGCCCACAAAGGAGUAGCCCUGUCCAGACGAAGUGACCUUGAAAUCCUCGGCUACUGCCUCCUGCGGUGGUUAUGUGGGAAACUGCCCUGGGAAAAGAACCUGAAGGACCCCGUGGCUGUCCAGACUGCUAAAACAAAUCUGUUGGAUGAACUCCCUGAGUCAGUGCUUAAAUGGGCUCCUUCUGGAAGCAGUUGCUGUGAAAUAGCCCAGUAUUUGACAUGUGCUCAUAAUUUAGCAUAUGAUGAAAAGCCAAACUAUCAAAUGCUCAAGAAAAUUCUGAACCCAAGUGGAAUACCUUUAGGACCAUUGAAAUUUUCCACUGAAGGAGAGAGUAUAAAUGUGCCUGCUCCAAACAAUCAAAAGGUUGAUUCGCACACGGCUGCAACAAAGCAAGUCAAUCAGAUGCAAAAUAGGUUACUAGAAAAAAAAGUCCACCGUGAGAGAAGUGCUGAGUCCUGUGCAACACGGAGAAAAGUGCAGAAAGAGGAGAAACUGAUUGGGUUGCUUAACAAGGAAAGAGCUCAGGUUUUUCUGGCUCAAGUACCCAAGUCUUCUCAUCGAUUUCAUCCAUAACAUCCCAGAAGACCUUCAGUGAUUCCAGUGCUGCCAAAAACUGACUAUGAAUGCUUAUUAUGGAGCUCUGUGAAAAGACGGGUGAAAGCUGAAUGAGUUGUACGACACUAUCAACAGCAGAUAAUCUUGCACUUAAAAUACAACUUGAUUUAGAAUUUUUUUACUAUGCACCUUAUUUCCUUUCACUAAAUGCACCACCUUUCUUUAGAUACCAAAACAAGAAACCAAGUGUGAUCCUUGUAGUUUUCCUCUUACACCUAAUAAUUUCAAUUAACAUAGGAUCUGAUUCUAUUUUUAACAUAUUUCUUGAUAACUCUAUUUACACUAGCAUUAUUAUAUGCCAUUAAAAUAAAUCCCCUAGUUCUCAUUUCCAGACUUGCCGUCCUUGACUUCACCUAUCUUACUGCACAGUACCCCAUCUAAAAUGUAAACCUGAACCUAUCAAUCCCCCUUUUAAAACCACUUACCUAGAUUUUCAUAUUCACCUAUAACCCAUUUUUCAUAUUACAAUUAAGUUGAUUUUUGUAUUUUGCAAACCUGAUAGUAUAAUUUCCUGGUUUACAAUAAAAGUUUAAAUAUAA